AUGGGUCAGAAGUCUUCCUCCUCUUCCUCCUCCUCUUCCUCUGCACAGUCUAAUCGUUCCUCUCAAGUUUCACUGCCUAGACUCCAGAAGGAAACAUAUCCUGAGGAACUCAGCCUGCUUAAGUCACAGACAAAAGACGGGCAUCGUCCUGAGUGGACAUUUUACCCAAGGUUUAGCAGCAAUAUCCACACCUACCACGUUGGAAAGCAAUGCUUCUUCCAUGGGGUCUUCCGGGGCAACAGGAGGUCUGUGGCAGAGAGGACAGUGGACAAGAGCCUUGGGAGGAAGAAAUAUGACAUUGAUCCCAGAAAUGGAAUCCCAAAGCUAACUCCGGGGGAUAAUCCGUACAUGUUCCCAGAGCAGAGUUCAGAGUUCUUCAAAGCGGGAGCAACCCUGCCGCCCGCCAACUUCUCACUGGUUCCUUAUGAGAAAAAAUUCGAUACGUUUAUCCCGCUGGAGCCACUUCCACAAAUUCCCAACUUGCCUUUCUUGGAGAAGGAGAAGGCCAUCAACUUGAAGAAUGAGAUAAAAGAAGUCCAGGACCUGGACAACUGGCAGGCAUCGUCACCCUUCCUACAAAGUUUUUUCUCCUCUGGUAUUUUCAACUUUCCGAGACAUCCCUGAGCAGAAAUGAGCCCCCAGGCAUGCACUGACUGACCUCCAUCCAGCCUCUGCCAGUGCUGGGUUUUUCUGUUGUUUGUUUUUGACAUUGUCUCUGCCCUAAACCAUUUAUUUGACUCUAA